AUGCUGGAGCAGAAGGCAGCUGAAAUUGACGACUUCAUCCAGAGAGCGACCCAAGCUGGCAAGUACAAGAACGAUCCCAAUUUUCCCAAUAACGAGAAGCUCCGCCAGUACUACCUCUGCGUUGACACAUCCAGAACACGAGAGAACGUGAGGGAAGAUGAACAAGUUCUUUCGGGGCAAGUGGAGAUCGACGCAGCCGACGCAGCGGCCCUCACCGAGCCCGGCGGCGACUUUGCUGAGGCCGCCGGCAUCAACAUGAUCGAUCAGGAUGGGCAGCAGGAAGGCACUCCUGCUCCGGCGCUCAAAGAGGCAGAGGAGGCCAGGUCCCUCCGCAUCUCUAUCGAGGAGUUGGAGUGCAGCGCUGAGUUGUGCGAAGCCCUCACCAUUCACGCGGAUGCCAUGGUUGAGAUUUACCGGGAGUUGAACAAGCUGACAGCCGCUUCUGUGAACAUCGAGGAUGCCUACGCCAGCAUCUUUGAAACCGCUUCAUCGUACACUGCGUGGUACAAGACCCGCAAAAAGGUGGCCAUGUCAAUGCGCCAGGCGGCUGAAACGCAACAGGCGGCGGCAGAAGAGCCAACCGCUACGUAA